UUAGGAUCAAUUAAUUAUCACUGAUUGUUGCGUCCUUGACGUCUAUUCAUAAUAGUUUGAAAGCAAUCACACACGCCCCAGGUUUUCGUAGUUGUAAUGGGUGUUACUCGAACAAUUAAAAAAAAGGGUCCGGCCCUCGUGUCAAUUCUGGAGACAAGGUUACCGUGCACUGCACUGGCUACGUAGUGGAUGGGAAAAAAGAAUUUUGGUCCACCAGGAAGGACAAUCAGCCAUUCGACUUUAUCGUUGGUGCUGGUCAUGUUAUCAAAGGGUGGGACGAAGGGGUAGUGCAGAUGCACACCGGUGAGGUAGCUGAGCUUCUCGUGACGUCCGACUGUGCGUACGGUAUUCAUGGAUUUCCGGCGUGGAAUAUACCAUCCAAUGCGGAUUUGAUCUUCGAGAUAGAAGUUUUAAACACUACGGCUGAUUGAUAUUAGAAGUCAUAUGCUUUAUAAAGGGUAGGAAAAUUGAAUAAACGAGACCAUCUGGCAUGUUUCUAUCUUAACUUCCUUUUUUUGUUGUUGUUUCGAGGUUCUAUGUGAAGAAAUCAUUCCUUUCCCAAAUUUCCUUUUAUUGGCAUAACUGUCUCCGCCUUUAUGUGCCUCAAAACAUUGAUACACCCAACUGAUUCUAUGCUACUCUCUUAGGAAUUUUUAAUAAUCAGAAAGUAACUUUUUCAUUAUUUUUUCCUAAAGAAAAGCUGCAUGUGUGAAGAAAAAUAAGGCAUUACAUCUAAAAAUAGUUCUAAAAACAAAUUGUUCACUCAUAUUGUGUUUUCUUUGGUGAAAAGUAUAAACCAUGACGAUUAAGUAUUCAUUGGUUAUUCCAACCUACAAGGAGAAUGGAAACAUAAAGCCUCUUUGCAAACGUGUUUUCAAAGCUCUUGAGAGCUAUAACUUCAAACUUAAUGAAGUGGAAAUGCUUUUUGUUGACGACAACUCUCGUGACGGCUCCGUUGAAAUUGUUAAUGAGUUAAAGAAAGAGGGAUUUAAUGUCCGUAUCGAGGUGCGUACCACCGAGCGCGGUCUCAGCAGCGCUGUUAUUUAUGGACUAAAAAAUUCAUCUGGUGAUCUUAAGCUUGUAAUGGAUGCAGAUUUGCAGCAUCCACCAGAAUCUGUACCAGCACUUUUUAAGUGUUUAGAAAAGGAUGAUAAUCAAUUUGUGUGUGGAACUCGCUAUGGCGUGGGCGCAUCGAUUGACAAAAAUUGGCCACUUUAUCGUCGCAUCAUCUCAUCCACAGCCCGUCUUAUGGCCCGCCCUUUGACAACACUUUCCGAUCCGAUGUCUGGAUUCUUUGCCAUUCGGAAGGAAUGCUUUGAAUUAGGGCUCAAGGAUAUUGAUCCCAUCGGUUAUAAAAUUGCAUUAGAGCUUUUUGUGAAAUGUCACGUGGCUCGGUACGAUGAAGUGCUCUUUAACUUUUCAACAAGGAGUUUUGGAGAGUCGAAGCUUACUGGUAAAGUAUUCUCUGACUAUAUAAAGCACUUGCAUAGACUCUAUUCUUACAAAUUCGGGGUUAUGUACUAUUCGGUGUAUUUCAUGUGUGCAUUGAUUGCAUUCCGACAAAUCUGUGUGUUUUGCAACAACAUUUCUAUAAAAAGAGAUUAAUUAUGUCAUCGUUUCUUUCAUCCUCAAAAACGUAGACAAUAUAUACAUAUAUUUAUGUAUAUAAUUAAUAUUUUUAUUUUGGAACUUCAAGGACAAAUUCCAUGAUCCUUUUUCCCGAUUUGGGGUGUUGAGGGCGGAAAAUAAGAUCAUACCAUAUCUGAAGCUCCUCAAGAGGUUCUACGUGACACAGAUUUCAUGUAUCUAAUCUUUGCGUAAUAAACUAGAUCGACGUUCGAUGAGUUGGAUUCCUAUGUCUAUGUGCAUAAUUCCUUUUUGUGUGUAUAAUGUCCUACAGUAAUAGCAGUAUCGCUUUCCUAACCUUUUUUUUGUUACAGUUUAAUUUUUCAU